AUGAAACAAUACCAAUACUCUCCGCUUGCGCCAAAUCGCCAAAUUCGCCUCUUGAAGCUAUGUGCCGGAACAGAAGCAGAGAAGCUAUCCGGCGAGCUGGUGCACGUCUUCCUCGAUGAGAAGCCAUCCUUCACCGCGCUUUCCUACGCAUGGGGUGAUUCGCAGCCGCGAAAAGCAUUUUGUUGCUCGAAUCUCAAGAUGGAGAUUGGCCUCAGCCUACACAGCGCCUUGCGCAAUCUCCGACAGCCUACCUGCGACACCCUCCUCUGGGCAGGUGCGCUCUGCAUUAACCAACAUGAUAUCUCGGAGCGCAGCCAGCAGGUCAGGAUGAUGAGCGACAUAUACGCCGCUGCGUUCGCUACAGUUAUCUGGCUUGGCGAGGAAUCGAGCGACGUCAAGAUGGCCUUUGGCUGG